CGUAGUUUGGGAUAAAGAAAGGUCUACUUUGGUCACUGUUUUCUUCUUUUAAAGCCGGCGAGAGAAUUGUCGAAAAAUCAAAGAAAAAGGGACAAACUUUAGAAAAGCUUAUGGAUCCGAUCGAAUCUGUGGAUUACAAUGGCUUUGAGACCAUUAAAUGUAACUCCGACGUCGACCAUGGAUCGAAGAAAGUUGUGUCUCGGAAGCAAAAACCGGCGGAUCAGUCGGCGAAGAUGGUCGCUGCUUAUGUGGAGGAUGAGUGGAGCGGUGCCGGUGAGGCGAUAUCUAAAAGCCGAUCGAAUUGUGACGGUGAUGAGGGAUAUGAUUUCGACAACGAGAUAGCGACGAAGGAUGUGAAACCCAACAAGGAGACGAAGCCGAAAGUGUCUUUGGCCGAAGCUGCCGCAAAGAUCGAUCCUUGGGAUCUUGCGGAUUCCCUCGCCAAAAUAUCGAAAUCGUAUCAUGAGAUGAGAAAAUGUCUCGCAAGACCCCUUUUGGAGGUGCGGCUAUUGAGAUUUGUCGAUUACCUUGGGAUAACACUUUCCGCUGUGCAAUUUCCAUGGCUGGAGACGUUCAAGCCUUGGCCCAAGCUCAUAGAUCUGAUCGAUGUGAGCUCUUUUUUCCCCUGAGAUUUUCGAAUCAAA